AUGGCAGGGCGUUCGUGCCAUGACGAACCAACAAACUCGGACAUUGUAGCAAUGUUGGGGAGAAUUGAUUUAAAACUUAAGGAUAUGGAUAAAAGUUUGAAGCGUAUUGAGUCACUCGAGAAAAAAGUAGAUAACUUUGACAAGGAGCUGAAAAAGGUGGACUCAGUAGAUAUAGAGUUAGAGGGUUCCAGGAGAAGGAUAGCAGAUCUUGAACGGGAUAAAGAUAAGCUCAAAGAAGACAUUAAUUAUGUGCAGUCUCAAAGCAUAAGGAACAAUUUAAUUUUUGGAAAUAUACCGGAAGUGCAAGACGAAACACCGGCUAAGACAGAGCAAAUUGUGCGAGAAUUUAUUGUGAGUAAUCUCAAGGUGACAAAGGAAGAAGUGGACGGUAUGCGGUUCGAGAGGGUGCACAGAAUGGGCCAGAAGCAAAAUCAAUCAGCAGGGCAGGGUUCCACCCGGGAAGAAAAUAACCAGCGCCACCGCAGCAUUGUGUGCAAAUUUUGUUUUUUCGGCGAUAGGGAGAAGGUUCGUGGUAACAGCAAGAACUUAAAAGGUUCACAGUUCUACGUCACAGAACAAUUCCCACAGGAAGUUGCGGCGAAGAGGAGGCGAUUAUUCAAGAGGGUCAAGGAGGAGAAACAGGCCAGACGAAGAGCUUGGGUGUCUUACGACACUCUGUAUAUUGAGGGUAGACCAGUAAAAGACGCGUAG